AUGUCCGAUAAUCUGCUAUCUUUGUCGAAUCCCGUAGUGCCAUGCCAUUACGAAUUGUGCCUAGACAUCGACCCGUCAUCGCCCAAUUUCAAAGGUAAGGCCAAGAUCGAGUUGAAAUUCAAUCCGAAUUCCACCUCUUUAGCCUCCAUCGAGGACAAUUUCACCCAGUUCAAACUGCAUUCCAGGGACUUGGUUGUUUUGUCUGCGCAUGCCACCGUUGGCUCUGCAAAAUUCGAUCUGAAAGUGUCUCAAGACACCCAAAAUCAUUGGUCAGUUUUCCAGUCUGAAUCGCCAAUUCAAUUGUCCAACGAAUCACCGUUGGUCUUGUCCGUCCAAUACGUGGGUAAAAUCCGCAGCAUAAAGACCCACCACGAUGCGACUUUUGGUAUUUUCAAGACAAACUUCAUGGAUCCCAAAACAGGAACUUCCAACAACCAUGUGGUGGCUACGCACUGCCAACCGUUUUCCGCUAGUAACAUUUUCCCCUGUGUUGACGAACCUUCGGCCAAAUCCACUAUUCAAUUAAACAUUACUAUGAACUCGCAGUAUAAAGCCGUUUCCAAUUCGCCCAUCGAGGCUAUUGAGACUUUGGAUAAUCCGCAAAAACAUUUGGUAAAAUUCGCCACGACGCCCUUGAUGACCACUUCCGUGUUUGGUUUUGCCCUGGGUGACUUGGAGUUUUUGAAAACUGAAGUCAAAUUGCAGAAUAACAUAACCAUGCCUGUCUCCAUCUAUGCGCCUUGGGAUAUUGCUAAUGCCACUUUCACCUUAGACACAAUCCAAAAGUAUCUGCCUGUUUUGGAAUCCUAUUUCCAGUGCCCAUAUCCUCUGCCCAAGUUGGACUUCGUCUUAUUGCCAUAUUUGACAGACAUGGCAAUGGAAAAUUUUGGUAUGAUCACCAUUCAACUAAAUCACUUACUCCUUCCACCAAGUGCCCUGGCUAGCGAUACCAUCAGAGAGCAAGCCCAACAGCUCAUUGUUCAUGAGCUGGUCCAUCAGUGGAUGGGUAACUACAUUACUUUUGACUCAUGGGAGCAUCUUUGGUUCAAUGAGUCCUUUGCCACUUGGUUGGCAUGCCACGUCCUAGAACAGAAAGGUGAUUUGCCCCAAUAUUGGACUUCAGAGCCCUAUUUGCUACAACAAGUAGAACCCAUCAUGUGCAAAGACGCAUCUGAUUUCAAUAGCAAAAGUAUCUCCCAGAUUGCACAGCGGAAGACUAGUAUGAACUCACAUACAUCCGACAUCUUUGAUCCUGAGGCAUACGCAAAAGGUAUCGUUAUGCUGAGGUCUUUGCAAUUGGCUAUAGGUGAUACUCAUUUACAGAAGGGUCUCCAGAGUGUUUUUGAAGAUACCAAAACAUUCCAUGAAAGAAGCGUCAAGCCCAUGGAUAUCUGGAAUCAUAUCGGGAAGACUUUGAAAUCUCAAAAUAUAACUAAUUUUGUUUCAUCUUGGACAAGAACUCCAGGCUUACCUGUCGUUAAAGUAGAAUUAGAACAACAAGAUGGAAAGACUCAAACAAAAUUAACCCAACAUAGAUUUAUCAAUCAAUUGUCUAGCGAUGAGAAAGCCCAAUUAGAAGAUGUCCCAUACCAAAUUCCCCUAUUUGGUGUCUUGCCAGACUGUACAUUGGAUACCGAGAAUGUUUUAUUGACUGAUAGAACAUUAACGUUAAAUUAUCCUGUCCUGGUGCUCAACCAUUUUGCACAAGGUUAUUAUCGUGUCUCAUACGAAUCCAAAGAAUGCUAUACCCAAAUCAGCGAUAAAAUAAUCGAAGGUACGCUAUCCGAGAUUGACCUUUGGAAGAUUUUCUUAGACUUAUCGCAGUUUAUCGGUGACGAAAGUUUCCAGGGUUCUAUUCAUUUAGUUGGUCUUUGUGAGAUAUUGAACAACAUUGCUUCAUCCUCCUCAAAAAUUCCAUCAAAAUAUUGGGGCCCAUUAUCCAAGGGGUUGGAAAUUCUACAAACAACUGACCGUGCCAUUUUAUCAAGCUCUAGAUUACAGUCCUUUUUGAGAAAGAAGAUAAUUAUUCCACUUUUCGAUAAGAUUGAAUGGCCCCAGGGCGAAUUUGAUGAGAGCACAGAUCCUUACGAACUGAAGGUCAUGUCGCAAGUUUUGUUUUUGAACAAAAACUCUCAGAAAUGUGAUGAAUUGUGUCAAAUUUACUUCAAGCGUUUAUUGCAAGGUCCACGUUCAAGCGUCCCAUUAGAACUAGUGAAUUCCAUCCUUGUUGUAGUGUCUCAACAUUGUUCAAACAUUAAGCAGUGGAAAAAGAUAUUUGAUUUGGUCAAACACAGCUCUUGUGCUGGUAUCACGAACCACAUUGUUAACCUAUACAACCAAAGUAAUGAUGAAACUAUCAGCUCAAUCCAAAACAGUGCAAUUGAAUCUCUUGGAUUCUGUCUAGAUUUAGACAUAGUGAAAAAGAUUCUGAAUUUUGUCACUUCUAACAUUGAAUCCGAGGGGAUGGAACUGGCGUUAUUCGGGUUCAACUACAACUUUAAAAAGAGGUUAAACAAGAAGGGGAAACCCCAAGACGAAGUCGUUCGGGAAUUGAUCUGGAAAUGGUUCACGGACAAUUUCGACCAAUGGGCACGGAAGGCUACAAGGAAGGGCACUACUACAGGCGACCGUCUGCACAAGGUGUUGAGAAGCAUUUCCUUGGUAAUCUUUCAAAUGUUUGUUCCAGAUGAGCCAGAAAGGAUCGAAAAAUUCAUCAAUUUAAAAAAAGAAAAGUUGAGUCAACACUUAUUAUCAUUGGAUGACAUCUGGACUUCUGUUCAACAAGAUGAAGUGUCCAGAAAGACUAUAAGUAAGAUGCUGACUCCCAUCGUGUGA